GACAACUGUUAUCCGCCUGUCUGUACAGAAAAUUUUUCACGAGAUCCCGAUUCAUUAGAAGUGCGUGAAGAGCUCGUCAAUUAAACUGAUUAAACUUCCUAAUUUACUUUGCAUUGCUCAAGCGUAUAAAAGAAAGUAAUUAAGUUGCCAUUAUUUGGAACAAUGUCAUUCAAGAAGGACGUGGUCCUGCUCAUUAAGCCCUAUUACUGGGUCAACAUUCUUAUGAGUAUUUCGUACAUCGCAGCCAAGCGUGCACCAAUGAUAUGUAACUUUCUGUGGACAUAUCUGUUCAACCAACAAGACCAGUGCGAACUGGAUGGCCGAGAAACAGAGAUUCUGUUUUUCCUGCUUAUUGUGGUGAUGAUUCGUACCAGAAAAACAGGAAGUGUUACAAUGAUCAACUAUUUAACAUCCAGUUUUACCUAUACCAAAGUAGCAAAUCUCGGGUUGUGGUUCUAUAGCGAUAUACGGUUAGGAUUAAUUUAUGGUGCAUUGUUCAUCCUGGUAGCGUUAACUCUUCCAGAACCUACUUAUUCUGGUCCCGAUAAUGUUGUAUACCUACGUACGGAAAAUGGCCUUGAUGAAGAGCUGGAGCGUGAUAAGCGGAUUAACUGGUUAGUAACGUUUUACACCGUGUGGAAUCCAGCAUGCGCUAACUUUGCUCCCAUUAUUGCCGAACUAUCGGCGGAGUAUAAUUUGCCUAAUCUAAAGUUUGGUAAAGUCGACAUAGGGCGAUUCCCAAACAUUGGCCAAAAGUACCACGUCUCCGACAGUUCUUUCAGCCGGCAGCUCCCCACAGUGAUAUUGUUCCGUAAUGGCAAAGAAGUGACACGACGACCACAUGCGGAUGCCAAGGGAAAGCUGGUUAAAUUUUUCUUUUCUGCUGAUAACGUUAAAGCUGCCUUUGAUCUAAACAACCUUUAUAAGGAAUGCAAGGAAAAUCCAAUCAAGGGACCAAAAGCAAUCACGUCGGCUGCGGAGAAGAAGAAAAAUUAAUGCAUAUAUUCAUUUGUCGAAUAGCAUUUAACGAUUGUCAGUCCUUUUCGAUUCUUACUAUCAAUCAUCAAACAUAAAAAGUGUGCCGUUUUAAUUUAUAUAUUUUUUGCCAUCCGUCGAACAUUUUAAAUCGGACAAACGUACUACUUGAGGUAGAUAGUUUAAACGUUGUCAUGACGUAACCUUGUAGUCAACCACGAUUAGUGUAUAGGUGAUAAUUAUCAGCUCGUAUCAAACCGGAUAGUUUUUAAGAUAUGUUACACAAAUCACAUUCGUCCGUUAAAGGUUUAGUACGCUGCCAAGUGUUGCUGAUAUAGUCUAGACUCGAUUGUGUGUCGGUCUUGUGUUAAAAUAUUUUCUAAGUCAUCAUAUGUAUUGAACGAAUUACGAUAGUCAAUAAAUCUAGUGCAUUUUUCCUUACAAA